CCUGGUGUGUGCGCGCGAAGCGCACCUUCAGUUCGCUGCUCCGCGCGCAUCACGCAAAUCCACGCAGACCCACUGACAGUCAGCGCAGCCAUGAGUGAGAGACAAACAUCUGGAGCAGCAACUGGAAACAGCAAACCAUGUGCUGGACAAGGUCUUCAAGGUCAACAAAAGCUUCCAUCUAAAUAUGAGAAGAUCAAUCUGCCCCAGGACUUUGACAUCGACAUGGACGACCCGGAGACGGCGAAGGCCGCCGUGGCCAUCCAGUCGCAGUUCAGGAAAUUCCAGAAAAAGAAGCACGAUGUGAAAUCGUAGAGCGACCGUGUACUGCGUCGUCGCUCGAUGUGUUCUUGACCUUGCAUGUCAAUCAAACAUCAUCAUGAUGAACUGCAUGUGAGAGGUGGUGGAGUGUUGGAUUGUCACUUCCUGAACGUGGAUGUAUACCCUGAGUGCUCGUUACAAAACAUUAACUCUGUGUGUAUGCAGAUGCUUUCUAUCAUUUUGUUGUGUUUGUUGUAAUAUUGUUUACUAGUGAUGCAGUUCACGGUGUACCUGCAGUCGUGCUUAAAGUUUGAGCUCACGUUCAGUGCAAUCUACUUAUUUAACCAGAACUUCUGUGAGUUACUGUAUAAUCUUGAAUUCAGGAGGAAUAUUAAGCCACAUGCAGAGCUGCGAUUGUGCUUCACGUUUCAUCUCGACUUGUGUGUUCAGCAGUUUGGAAGUUAAAUCAAACGCGUCUGAUUUGUCCUCACAUUCCAGAGAUCUCAACUCCGUCACAUUUUCAUUUGAUGUGACGUGAACAUUUCUCACCCGUUCAAACUCUUAAUGUUGUAUUUAUUAUUCCUGUCAUUCCAUUGUGACUUAAACAGUUUUGUUCUGUUGGAGCUCACGUGUUCACUGGACAAGCUCACGCUGACAUGCAAACACACAC